UCUUGAAAUAAUUGAUGAACCUAUUAGUCAUAUAAAUGACAUUUGGUAUUAUGGUAAUUCUGACAAGCAUCAUGAUAGUGCUGCUGGACGCGUUUCCCGAAUAUCUAAAUUACUUUCACAAAUGUUUGCAUUUGCCAAAUCAUUUUUACACUCAGCUGCUCGAAACUGUACUCUGCGAAAAACUCCAACAGUUACUGCCCCGUUUAGUAAAAUACUGGCUCGAACAUGGAUGAGUACAGCCGGAAUAGAGAAAUCGCAUUGUGCGAUAUUGUUUCCUGGCCAAGGCGCUCAAUAUGUUGGCAUGGGUAAAGAUUUGUAUGCAAGUUUCGCAUCUGCACGCGAAGUUUUUGAUGAAGCCGAUGACGCGUUAGGCGGUGGAUUCAAAGAUCUGAUGUUUGGUGGUUUACAACAAAAACUUACUCUAACUGAAAACGCACAGCCGUCAAUAUUGAGUGUUUCUAUUGCGAUUUUGCGCGUUUUGGAGGAAGAAUUUGGAUUUGAUGUUUCUUCUGCGUGUACAUACGCUCUUGGUCAUUCAUUGGGUGAAUACUCUGCGUUAGUUGCAACAAAAUCAAUUAAUUUUUACGAUGCGGUGAAACUUGUGCGAUUACGCGGAGAAGCAAUGUCAAAAACAGUGUCACAACGCGGCAUAAAAACCGCCAUUGCUGCCGUUGUCGUAAAAGCAAACCAACUCGCAGAACUAGAAGCGUCGAUGGAUGAGAUUCGCGCUAGUUUGCCAGAGGGCGAACUUGUAGAACUGGCGAAUAUUAAUAGUUCUUUCCAGGUUGUAAUUAGUGGUACAAGCUUCGGAGUAGAUCACGCGUCACGAUUCUUACAGUCCAAGAAAAUCGCGACACGCGCGGUUGAUCUUCCCGUUUCCGCCCCUUUUCAUUGCGUGCUGAUGAAACCUGUAUCCGAAGAACUUCACAAAGCAUUUCGGGAGAUUAAAUUCCAACCUCCCGUCGUAGAAAUAAUCUCAAACGUGACUGCAAAGCCAAUAAGAUCAAUCGAAGAUAUUCCAAAACUACUAGCAGAACAAGUGACAGCUACGAUACAAUGGCAACGAAGCAUAAAGUACUGCAAAGAUCGUGAUAUUGACCACUAUAUUGUAUUUGGGCCUGGCAGGGUGUUGGCAAACCUUCUUAAGAAAGAGUAUCCGCUUGAUCGGAUAAGAUCUAUUACUACUGCUGAGGAUAUCGAGUCCCAUUCUUCGAAAAAUAACUUUCUUCAUUCAGUCAUGUCGUGGUCGUCAUUUCGCAAAUCCCGUAUAAUAAUACCAUCUUUUAUAGUUUUUAUAGUUUUUUUACUUUUUUUGCCGACAAUAAAAGCAUGGGAUCAAGAGGAUUAUGAAAUAUUUGAUCUAGUGGAUCAACUUGAAAAUGCAGAAGGAGAAUACGUAAAUUUUUAUUCGUGGUUGGGGUUGGACGAGUCUGCUACUGAUAAGGAGAUUGGGAAAGCGUAUCGGAAAAUGUCAUUAUUGUUACAUCCGGAUAAAAACCCCGACGCAAGCACACAAGAAAAAUUCGCGCGUCUCGGUUCCAUCACUGCAAUUCUUCGCAACGCGGAUUCAAGAGAACGUUAUAACUUCUUUCUGAAAAAUGGAGUUCCACGCUGGAGAGGCACCGGCUACUUUUAUCGCCGUCAUCGACCGGGAGUCAUCGGCGUGCUAGCAUUUCUUCUCAUCCUAAUCUCGGUACUCCACUACCUUGUAAUGUGGAUAAACUUUUACCAGGAACGUAAACGUGUCCAAUAUUAUGUCCAGGAAGCGCGUGAAGUUGCAUGGGGCAAGCGAAUGAAAAAACAAGAGACGCGGAAACGUGUUAAUGUGAAUGAUCGUCAAUUUAUUGUUGAAGGCGAUUAUAUCGCGCUUUUGACUGAUGAUGGUGAGGAAUACCCGUUGGGUAUUGAGGAAGUUGUUGUGCCACGUGUAAUGGAUUCGUUUGUGUUUGCGUUGUCUAGAUGGGCGUAUAAAUUAAUUAGCGAUAAAAUACGAGGAAGGAAAAUCGGAAAGAAUGGAAUAUAUUCGAAUGAGUUAAAAAAAGCGGGUAGAACAAAAGAUGCAGCAAUUGAUGAUAAUUCGUUGGGUGAUGAAAAAAGUUCUUUUUCUAGCGAUGAUGAACAAAGUGAAGCCGGCAGUACUACUGAUAGUGGAAAAGUGCGACAAUCUCGUAAAAAACAUAUUAAUGGUAAUAAUAGACGAAGGAAAAAUAGAAAGUGA